AUGCUUAGUGCAUUAAGAAAUAAGUUUCGUGUAUCCGUCAAUACUGUCGUAAGAUCGUUUCAAACCACAGCAACAGUAGCUACGGAGCGUUUUGAUCACAAAAGAAUCCCAGCUGAUGAUGAAGGUGUACAGGGAGAAAAGAUAAUAGAUUUAGACUCUGUCUUAAAACAAAAACGAAAUAUUUUCCCUACACUUGAAUCUGAUAAAGAAUUACAUGAUGGUAUACUUUACAAAGAUCUGCCAAUUUGUAACAUAAGAGUAACACAUAAUAACACCAUCUUUACUUUAACAAGUGCAGAAGGUGCUGUAAAAAUAAUACGGUCUUGUGGCAUGGAAGGUUUUAAAAAUACAAAAAAAGGCACUAACAUUGCUGCACAGACUACUGCUAUAAGUAUUGCAUUAAAAGCUAUAGACAAGGGGUAUAAAACUAUUAAAGUACGAGUAAGGGGCUUGGGUCCUGGAAGAUUAUCUGCUGUAAAAGGUUUGACAAUGGGUGGUUUACAAGUUGUAUCAGUGACAGAUGCAACUCAUGUUUCAUGGAAUCCUCCUAGACCACGAAAAGCGAGAAGAUUGUAG